AUGACAGAUGACCAGCUGAGUCUCUCUCUUAGUAACUCCCCUACUCCAGAACUCUCACGUGCCUCCAACAUCACCCUGCUGAGCUACUCUACUGACCAUCAAGCUCUUGACCAGCCUGAGUUUUCCUUCUCUCAAAUACCACCUGUCACAACCUUUCUUGCACAUACAGCACAACACUAUGAGCAGCAUUGUGGACAGAAGGUGAUGCGUGCCAUAAAAACCGAAUGUUCUUCCUCCAUGUCCAGUGGACGAUGUAUCGGCCAUCCACGAGUUCAGAGUAAACGCCGCUAUAGUAGAUGUCACGAAGGAGGCAGGAACGAAAUCGUCGAACCCGCCAGACCCAGGAAACGAAGUUGUCAGAGCUUAGAGGAAAUGCAGAACCAGCGCGUGCUGGCUAACGUGCGGGAGAGACAGCGCACGCAGAAUCUAAACGAGGCCUUCGCAGCGCUUCGAAAGAUCAUCCCCACCCUUCCUUCCGAUAAACUUAGCAAAAUCCAAACACUCAAGUUAGCCACUCGCUACAUCGACUUCUUGUACCAGGUACUCAGAAAGGACGAACCGGACGUCAAGUUGGCCAGCUCGUGCAGUUACGUGGCCCACGAGCGACUCAGCUAUGCAUUCUCCGUGUGGCGAAUGGAAGGAGCUUGGUCAGGACAUUAG